AUGUGCAUUCUCUGUGAGAUCGUUGUUCUUUGUAUUUGGAUUGUCUGUGUGCAGGUAGAAGGCCAAGUGGUGCACGAGCUGUAUCAUGCGAAUGCUGAAGUGGAAGUUUGGCUGCGCGAGUCCCGAGCCACGGGCACGGAAGUGCAGUGUGAGAGGCCCAGCAUUUAUACCUGCGAGGAACCACCAGACGUUGCUUCGGCGUUUUCUACCAAGCUGUGCAACUACCGUAAUGUGCAGUACCACGAGCAAGUGUACAAGUGGGUUGCAGGACGAGGGUGUCUCCUGUACACCCCGGACUUUCUCUACAUUAACGGCAGCAACCCUAUCAACUUGAAUGCGGCUUGUGUCUACGGAGAUCUAUUUGCGCCCUGCCUUGAGAUAGUUAAAGACGAUGGCACAUGCGGCUGCUUCCCCUUCGACCCAGGGUUUGAAGAGGUGGCGCGAGUGGUCCGCGACGUGACGGUCUCGUACGCGCACGGUCGAUGGGAGAAGUGCUUCUACGAGGCCAGCGACUGCUGCAGCCACAUGGCUGGUUACACUGCUUUAACUUCAAGUUUGGACGAGGAAGAGGAAUGCAGUACCACAUUCGACGGCUGGACGUGUUGGCACGCAGCGAAGGCUGGGACGGUCGCGUCAGCGGUCUGCUCGGAGUUCGCUUACUCCAACACUGGCCCGACGUGCCAUCACUACAGUACAAAGGAGUGUUACAAUAACGGCACCUGGGAGGUGGUAACCGACUACAGCACUUGCAGCGUUACCACUCGCCUGCUUCAUCGCUACUGGCUCUAUAUCGGUGUACUAGCUGCGUCCACCGCCGCUUGCAUACCAGCCGUCUUCAUAUUCUUCUUCUACAAGAGACUGCGCGUCACCAGAGUGGCUUUACAUAGGAAUUUACUCAUAGCAAUUAUUACAAGGAAUAUCCUGGUCAUCGCGAGUAGAGCUAGGAUAUACGUAGACGAGCUCACCUCAGUCGAGGACACUGUGAUGUCCACCAACGGUGUGUGGUGCCGGCUGCUGGCGGUGAUGGAGCGGACAGCGGCUAGCACGGUGUUCGUAUGCAUGCUGAUCGAGGGGAUAUACCUACAUCGACUCAUCGUAGUCACCUUCCGCACGCAGCUCAAGGUCAAAUGGCUGUAUGGAUUGGGAGCGAUUAUCGUAGUACUCCCAGUAACAGCGUGGUCUAUAGUGAUGAGUAUGUACAACGACCACUCGUGCUGGAUAGUCUACACCAUCGCCAAUAUUCAGUGGAUCCUGGAUGUACCGAGAAUCAUCAUACUGGUAGUGAAUGCGAUACUUUUCAUCGACAUACUAAGAGUCCUAGUCACUAAGAUCAGGAACUCUGAGAAUGCUAAUCAAUUGAGCACAGCCAAGGCAACAUUAUUUUUAAUGCCGUUAUUCGGAGUCCAAUUUAUAUUUACUGCGGUGCGGCCGAGUACCACGAACUGCGUGGUCGAACAAGUGUACUAUUAUAUUGCCUACACAGUGGAAGGAAUACAAGGGUUUCUAGUGGCAACAUUAUAUUGCUAUGUGAAUAAGGAGGUCCACUCACUCAUUAAAGCAACGUACAAAAAAACAGAAACAGCUGUUGUUUCGCGCAUUAGAGGCUCGUUAUCCGCAGCAGAGAAUAACGCGGGACCAGACGACAGAAGACUCACUUACAGCACCAAUCUACCAGCGAACCAGGACGAUAAGAAAGACGACAUAAAACCCAAAUAUGUCGCAGAAAUAAUAUCUAUACAAGCAAGCGAGAGGCUCGCCGAAAUACUCGACCCGCUUUACGAAACAAUAGACCCUGGUUUGAUAAACGAUGACUACAAUACCCUGGAACGAUCAGAUUUGGACGGUGACUCCGGAUACAUACCGAACAGGAAUCCCAAAACGGACGAUUACUAUGGAUUUACUAAUGCAUCCAGCGUGUCCAUCGGUUGUAGGGAUUGGUUGAAGGAUUCGCCUUACGGUGGUAGCGAAUUUACGCCUGGAUAUAUACCUUGUACCAACACAGAUAACCAUAAAAAUGAUAUAAGUAAUUAUGGUGAAGACAAUGAAGUAGAAUAUGUUGACAUGGAAAUAAGAAAAGUGAAAAAUGACGACCAAGACGCUACUCAUUUAGAUAACGUGGAAGAAACAGACUUGUGUCCGCCUCAAUCAGACUGUGAUAACAUGCUGGAUGAAAUAAUGCAGUGCAUCCAAACGAAAGAAGACGUAGACCUGAACCCCGAACUACUCGCACCCAACAGACCAGACGGAGAUAAAAUUGUUUUCGUUGAUAUAUAA